AACCCGUCAUGAUGUUAGAGGAGGAGGAUUUUUCAACGAAACAGAGCCAGAAUGAAGACUUCACGGCACCGGACGGACCGUGCUGGCUGUCGGUUGUGUUCUGUCUGCUGCUCGCCUGCUCUUAUGUUGGGAGUUUGUACGUGUGGAGGAGUGACCUGCCCAGGGAUCAUCCCACUGUGAUAAAGAGACGAUUCACCAGCGUCCUAAUUGUGUCUGGCCUGUCGCCGGUCUUUGUGUGGGCAUGGAGAGAAUUCACAGCUGUCAGGACUGACUCUUCUCUGCUGGCUCUCAUGGGGAUCCGUCUUGAAGGCCUUAUUCCUGCGGUUGUCCUUCCUCUACUGCUAACUAUGGUCCUUUUUUUGGGCCCACUCAUGCAGUUGGCCAUAGACUGUCCAUGGAACUUCACAGAUGGGAUUCGAGUGGCCCUUGACCCAUGUUUCUGGAUGUUGUGCCUCAGCGACAUGCGCUGGUUGAGGAAUCAGGUGGUGGCUCCAUUAACAGAGGAACUGGUCUUCAGGGCUUGUAUGCUGCCCAUGCUGGUGCCCUGUGCYGGACCAGCCACUGCUAUCUUCACCUGCCCGCUUUUUUUUGGAGUGGCUCACUUCCACCACAUCAUAGAGCUGCUGAGGUUCAGACAGGGGACAUUGUCAGGGAUCCUCCUCUCAGCAGUGUUUCAGUUCUCCUACACAGCAGUAUUUGGAGCUUACACUGCCUUCAUCUUCAUCAGAACGGGUCACCUGAUGGGUCCAGUUCUCUGUCACUCCUUCUGUAACUACAUGGGUUUCCCUGCCAUCAGCUCAGCACUGGAUCAUCCACAGCGCCUCAUGGUUCUUUCGUCCUACGUGCUGGGGGUCCUUCUCUUUUUUAUCUUCCUCUUCCCUUUCACAGACCCAUUCUAUUAUGGUCUCCCCACACCUGUCUGUACCCUCACUCCGUCCCCCAGCUCCCUCUGCCUCUCCUGAAGCCUGUUGCAUACCUCCUGCCAGGCUUUUGUCUCAUAAUGACCCACUGGUUAAAGCAAUAGAGAGAUGGGGGAGGGGUGGGCUACACGUCACAUCUCUUAUUUUUGUCUAAAUGGGAUUUGAUGGUAUUGCUAAUGAACCUAGGUCAGUUCUCCACUCCCCUCUGAGACACGGUUCUUGUUGUGUUGACAUAAGUCCGCAGCAGGACCUCCUCAUGGUGGUAUCUCUGAUAGAAUCAGAGACAGUUUUUAUUUCCACUCAAUCAGAAAAAUCUGAUCUAUCACAACUAAAGUCUUAUUUUUAUAAAUUGUAGAAUAAUGAUAAAGUAGCCUAGAUCAUUUUCAAUCAUUUUUGUUACAAAGUUCAUUAAGAAGUGGUCUUAUUGUCAAAAUAAUGAAAAACAAAGUUGCCCAGUGAUGUUAUUUAUCUUUAGGAAUGAGGAAUCUACUAACCUCCUGGCACUGCUGUAGACUCAUGAUAGUUUUCAGUUAGUUUUAUGUAAAGUUCUACAAACCAAAAGCCAGUAUCUCACUGGGCUGGGACUGUUGGAAAUUGUGCAAAACAUGACGACAAAGCUCUCUGACUGCAAACACUCUGAAAAUCUGAUUUAUUUGCAGUUCUGAGAUGUAACUUUGUCUCAAACUAGUCUCCAGUUGUCCCAGCCCAGUGGGGUACCAGCUACAGGCUGGAACCACUAAGCCAGACUUGGAUGCCCAGCAGAAGAACCUGCAGGGUGUAGAAGAUUUGCCACUGAGAUAAAACCAUCACUUUGACUACCUUCUGUCAUUUUCAGUUGAAUUGGUCAGAAGAUGAUACAUUUGUUCAGUUUGUUGUGUUCAUGAAAAUGAAGAUGAAAACCACAGACACAAACAUUACAAGUAAAACCUGUAACCAGGUGUAGAGAUGCUGUGUACGAGUCUGUUAUAUUGUUUAGGGUUUGGAUUUACAUGCAUUCGGUAUGGAAUGUAUGUCUAAUUUUWAUUUAACAGUUAAUUACUGGUAUUGAUGAGUUUUGUUCUUAGUUUACAGAACUUGAGUCCUGAUUCUACAAUCUGUUUGUACCUCUGGCUGAGUUCAGCUUGUCAGAGGCAGGUAGAGGUCUUAAAAUGUUUUUUAUUUUUGCCUGGGUGGUCUCAACAUUAAAAUGGUAGCUUGUCUUUAGA